AAGCCAAUGUCAGACGCCUCCUCCGCGCCCCCCGGGCCCGCCCUCAACGCCUCCAUCGCCCCUUCUGACGACCGCAACGCCGCCUUGGCCCAGGGCGAAAUCGCCGUCUUGGCCUCCAUCUUCCUGCUGGCCACGCUGAGCAACGGGCUGGUCCUGGGGGCCCUCUCCCGCCGCAGCCACCGCGCCCUGCCCAUGCACCGCUUCAUCCACCACCUCUGCCUGGCCGACCUGACCGUGGCCCUCUUCCAGGUGCUGCCGCAGCUGAUCUGGGACAUCACCGACCGCUUCCAGGGCCCGGACGUCCUGUGCCGCGCUGUCACCUACCUGCAAGUGAUAGGCAUGUUUGCCUCCUCCUACGUCAUUGUGGCCAUGACUUACGACCGCUACCAGGCCAUAUGCCGGCCCAUGGUGGCUUUCCGGAAGGGCCCAGCCUGCCGGUACCGGCCCGUGGCGGUGGCCUGGGCCGCUUCCUUCCUCCUCGGCCUCCCCCAGCUCUUCAUCUUCUCCAAAAGGCAGCUGCCGAGCGGAGCCCACGAAUGCUGGGCCCAGUUCAUCCAGCCGUGGGGGGCCCAGGCCUACGUCACGUGGGUGACCCUGAUGGUCUUCGUCCUCCCCACGUGCUUCAUCGCCACCUGCCAGGGCAUGAUCUUCCGCGAGGUCCACCGCAGCCUGCGCAUGGGGCCGGAGGGGGCCCUCGGGGGGCGGGGCGUCCGCCAAGGGGCAUCCCCCAUCUCCGGGGCCGUCACCAAGACGCUGAGGAUGACGCUGGUCAUCGUGCUGACCUACAUGAUCUGCUGGGCUCCCUUUUUCCUCGUCCAGCUGUGGUCCGUUUGGGAUCCCCGGGCACCCAUAAACA